AUGCCUUCCUCUGCGCCGCCCGAUGAUAUCUCCGUUGGAGAUGUCUUCACUCCGCAGGCUGACCUUGCGCAACCCUCAGCCGUCGACAUUCCGGCCAAUCACCGCGCCCCGGCUGUCCACAUGGGAGACGACCAACUGUCCCCGCGCAAGCAGAUUGCCAAUUACAUGUCCAACGGGGACAAUAUGAUGCAGCCACCGGUGUUUCACCCGAACCUGUUGUCGGGCAAGCAGCGGCGCAAGGCUAAGAAGAAGAAGCAAGCUGGGCAGGCGGAUCCGGCGCUGUCGACGGUCCGCGGUUUCACACCGUUGGCCUCUGCAGACGAGGACUCCGAUUUCUCUACGACUAGCUCCCGCGCUGCCGAGUCUCGUCCGGCGACCUCUAAGGGUGGAGCGAGUCCGCGCGCUCAGCCUAACACAGGUCAUGGAGUGAGCGCCUUGAAGCUCCAGCUCGAUUCGCUGAAUCUUUCCGGAAAGCCCACUGCGGGUACUGGCGGCUUCUGCUCGGGAACUCCCAGCAACGCCAGCGUGUAUUCCGACAGCGAUCAGACCGAGAUUUUGACCAGCUACGAAGUGCCGCUGGAGCAUGAUUUCGUCAGCGCAGAUGCCGCGAAGGACGAGGAACCAGCCAGCAUGGGCCCAGCAGCGGCUGGCAACGGGGCUGAUCUGCGGAGCCAGCUCUGUCGCAAGAUGACCGCAGAAGAUUUCGAGCCUUUGCUCUGCCUUGGCAAGGGUUCGUUCGGAACUGUCUUGCUGGUCCGUCAUGUUGUCACGGGUAAGCUGUACGCCCAGAAGCAGUUCAAGAAGGCCUCGAUCACCGUGCACAAGAAACUAGUGGAGCAAACCAAGACGGAGCGCAUGGUCUUGGAGAGUGUCAGCCGCCAUCCGUUCGUGGUAAAGCUGUUCUACGCGUUCCAGGACCACGAGAAGCUCUACCUGAUCUUGGAAUAUGCGCAGGGCGGCGAGUUGUUUACUCAUCUCGCCAUGGAACGUAUGUUCCAAGAAGACGCCGCGGCAUUCUACAUGGCCGAAAUGGUUCUCGCCCUGGAGCACCUGCACCAGAAUGUCGGCGUGCUGUACCGCGACCUCAAGCCCGAAAACUGUCUGCUCGAUCACCACGGCCACCUCCUCCUCACCGACUUCGGGCUGAGCAAGAUCGCCCUGAGCGACGAUGACCGCUGCAACUCCUCCCUGGGCACGAUCGAGUACAUGGCCCCCGAAGUGAUCCAGGGCAAGCCCUACGGCAAAGCAUGCGACUGGUGGUCCCUCGGCGCCCUAGGCUUCGACCUUCUCACGGGCUCCCCUCCCUUCCGCGCCAACAACCACACCAAACUGCAAGAGAAAAUCGUCAAGCAGAAGCUCGUCCUGCCGUACUUCCUCGGCCCAGACGCAAAGGAUCUCCUCAUCCGACUCCUCCGCAAAGACCCCGCCAAGCGACUCGGCUACCACAUGCCCAAGGACCUGCAGACAAUCAAAAAGCACCGGUUCUUCCGCAAGGUUGACUGGGCGGCUCUUGAGCGGCGUGAGCUUGAUCCGCCAAUUAAGCCGAUCGUCACGGAUCCUGCCCUGGCUGAGAACUUCUCGGCUGAUUUCACGCAGAUCCCGCUUAGUCCGACGGUGACGACCGGUGGUUUUGAUGAUUUGUAUGCGCAGAGUCAAUCGCGGUUCUCGUCGAGUCUUGCAGGUCAGACGGGUGGUGAGGGGGAUCCGUUCGGUGGGUUUAGCUUUGUGGCUUCGAGUAGCUUGCUGGAUCAUGGACUUGGGGUGAUGGCGACGGGAUAUUAA